AUGGAGAAAGAAAACGUAAAGUCCUAUAUUGAAAAGGACCAGCAGAAUCUCGAAAGAGAAAUCUCAAACUUGAGAGAAUCUGUUAAACGAAAAACUGCGGAAUUAGAGAAAUUAGAAACCGGUGAAAAUAAAAAGAUGAAAGGAUUUGACUUGCGAGGAAUUAGCUCGGAUGAAUUAUACAAUAUUACAGAGAAAAGUUAA